CCUGCACUUUCUUACUCUUGCCUCGUCUUCUCUCUCCUCAGAUGAAGAACAACAACAAGCUGACAUUCACAUGAUCCUUCACAUAAUUUCCCGCCAACUUCAAAACCCUAAAUUACAUUCUCUAUACUCUAAACUAUUCUCCUCAUCUUCAAUUUCAUUUUCUAAAUUGAAAGAAUACGAUUUCAGUCCCCCAGAACAUCUCUCAGUAAAACCUAACUCUAUAAAACCCAAUGUCCAUGAAAACCCCAAACCGAAGAGACAAAAACCCUUAUAUAAACCACCAUCAUCACUUAACACAACUGAUUUCAAACCAUUACAUUCAGAUUUACCAUUUGAUUUCAGGUUUAGUUACACUGAAAGCAGUCCAGAUGUUAGACCAAUUGGUCUAAGAGAACCGAAGUAUUCCCCUUUUGGUCCAUCGAGAAUCGAUCGAGUAUGGACUGGUGUUUGUGCACCUGUUAUUGAUCCAAUUGUUAAAUCCGUUGAUGAUGGAAAUGAAGAGGCGGUCAAUUUGGAAGAGAAGAUAAAGAAAUUGAGAGAUGAUAUACUUGGAAAACCAUUAAGUGAUGCUGAGAGGACGAUUUUACUUGAUAAAUGUCAGAGGGUUAGGACUAAGCGUCAAAUUAAUUUGGGAAGAGAUGGUUUUACUCACAACAUCCUUAAUGAUAUUCAUAAUAAUUGGAAGACUUGUGAGGCUGUAAGGCUAAGGUGUUUGGGUGUUCCUACUGUCGAUAUGAAAAACGUGUGCAACCAACUCGAGGAUAAGACAAGUGGUAAGAUUAUAUAUAGACAUGGUGGUCUUUUGGUGUUAUAUAGAGGCAGGCAUUAUAAACCCAAGGAAAGGCCUGUGAUUCCAGUAAUGUUGUGGAGGCCCCACGAGCCUAUUUAUCCAAGGUUGAUAAGAAGUACAAUUGACGGUUUAACCAUCGACGAAACCAAAGAAAUGAGAAAGAGGGGCCUAUCAGUUCCUGCUCUUGCAAAACUUGUGAAGAAUGGUUAUUAUGGUAAUCUUGUACCCAUGGUUCGAGAUGCUUUUCUUACCGAGGUGAUGGUUCGUAUUGACUGCAAGGGUCUCAACAAGAGUGACUACAAGAAGAUAGGCUACAAACUCAGGGACCUGGUUCCUUGUGUUCUUGUUACUUUUAAAAAAGAGCAGAUAGUAAUAUGGAGAGGGAAGAAUUACACAGCACCAGAGCCUAGACAAUUUGUCGACGAUGAUAUUUCAUUUGAUUACCUUGUUGGCGGAUCAAGUCACACUGUGGAAGAAGAUGGGAGUUCUAGUAAUGGUUACGAAAGCUCCAGCUCUGAGGAUGAAUUAUUAUCUUCUGACAGCAAAUUAUUUGCAGCACCCAUUAGAUAAAUACAAAACUGACUUCGGUUUUAAUAUAAUUCUGUGCCUUCCAAGUUAAUCAGUUUGACUUGUUAUUUUAUCAUUGAGUGAUGCUGAGAGGAAGAUUUACUUGAUAAAUGUCAAAGGGUUAGGACUAAACGUCAAAUUAAUCUGGGAAGAGAUUGUUUUACUCACAACAUCCUUAAUGAUAUUCAUAAUAAUUGGAAGACUUGUGAGGCUGUAAGGAUAAGGUGUUUAGGUGUUCCUACUGUCAAUAUGAAAAAUGUGUGCAACCAACUCGAGGAGGAGCCCUAUUUCAGUAGCAGCUGCUGUCACUUACAUGAUAACCCAGCUAUCUGAUGAGAAGAAGCUACUCCGAGAUAUAUCCAUGGCUACUGGAGUUGCUGAGGGAACCAUUAGGAACUCAUACAAAGAUUAAUACCUACCUGGUACGCAAAAGAGGAGGAGCUGAGGAACUUAUGCAGCCCUUGAAGUUUAUCCUAUAAUAACUUCUCUGAUGAGCUGGUAUGGCACAACUUUCAAAAUUUACAGCGAAUUUAAAAGCUGGGGAACCUGUGAGCUGAAAAUUCACAAUUUUCGGCGCAUCUUUAUUUCAAUCUUUCUUUUUGGUUCUGUAUUGGUCUUGUAUAGCACUAUAGCUCUUAUGAUGUAGUUAUGGUCCUUCCUCUGCAAUAAUUUUGUUUAGGUUCAAGGAAUAUUUUUUCAAUAUAGUA